GCCGUCCCGCACCGUCAGAUCUCCGCCCCGGCCCCAUCACCCCCGUCCAUUAAUUCUUAUCCCGUAGUUCGUCAACUGGUACUUCUGCUGGUUCGCUCUGAAGGAGCAUCCUGGCCCUAGUUCUACUGCCAAGAGCAAAGCCAUCUCCUGCUUCUCCCUCUCCGUCUCUCUCUGACUCUCUCUCUCUCUCUCUCUCUCUCUCUCUUGCAUCCACACAACCAGAGUUUUUGAAGCAGCAUUUGGAGAUCUGUGAUGGAAGACGGGGUGGGGAUUGUUGAUGAGGAAUCAUGUGGUUCUCGAUGGAGACGCGAAUGUUGGGAUGAAUCUUGAUUGGGGUCUGUGGAGGUGGAGGCGUUCGAGGAGGCAGUUGGGGCGCAAAUGGUAAAAUUUGCACUGUUGGAAGCUGCACCUCUAGCAGUUCAGCAGCCUCGGGCAAAUGGGGAGGCUGAGGAAACUGAUGAGACCCGUGAAAAGCUCCAGAUUAUAGGAGUGAAGUUUCUACGGCUUGCUCGUAGGCUUGGGCAGACUCCUCGUGAUAAUGUUGUAGCUCAGGUCCUACGCAGAUUUGAAUUAGCUGAACGGUUUCGACGUGGAACCGGUGGUCGUGCUGGUGCUUUUAGCUCUGACCUGGCAAAAGUGGCAGAGCAGCUGGACACUGCCGGACAGGAACCUCUUGAUUUCUCUUGCACUAUUAUGGUUCUUGGAAAAACAGGGGUUGGUAAAAGUGCAACUAUCAAUUCAAUAUUUGAUGAAAUAAAGUUUGGGACUAAUGCUUUUCAAUUGGAAACAAAGAAGGUUCAGGAUGUUGUGGGAACCAUACAAGGGAUUAAAUUACGGGUUAUUGACACUCCAGGACUUUCACCAUCCUCAUCGGAUCGAAUACAGAAUAAGAAGAUCCUUCAUUCCGUUAAGCGGUUUAUCAAGAAAUUUCCUCCAGAUAUUGUUUUGUAUCUUGAUAGGUUGGACAUGCCAAGCAGAGAGUGGGAUGAGAUGCCACUGUUGUGUACAAUCACUGAAACAUUUGGACCUUCAAUAUGGUUUAAUACGAUUGUGGUUUUGACUCAUGCUGCAUCAGCUCUGCCUGAGGGACCAAAUGGUGCUGCUCCGAGUUAUGAUAUGUUUGUUGCUCAACGGUCUCAUUUCGUCCAGAAGGCAAUUCGUCAGGCAGCUGGGAGUAUGCGCCUUGUGAAUCCUGUUUCUUUGGUGGAGAACCACCUGAAAGGCAAAAGGAACAGGGAUGGUCUGAGGGUUCUGCCAAAUGGUCAGGCUUGGAAGCCUCAUUUGUUAUUGCAGUCAUUUGCAUUGAAGAUUUUGGCUGAAGCUAAAUGCACUUCCUAAGUUGCAAGAUAGUCCACCAGGAAGGCCUUUUGCGAGCAGGGCAAGAGCCCCCACCUUUGUGCUAUUGUCUACUGAACUUGAUUUUGGCUGAGGCUAAAUAUUUGCAUCCUCUAUGCAUAAUCCACGUAAGUGUGGCCUCUGUAUUAACAAAAACUACCAGUUGUGAACUAAUAAAAAACUAAAAAAUUGGUGAAA